UGGUAGUAAAUUCCGGGGUAGGCGUGAGGCCCAGUUCCUCUUUGCCGUGGAAGAUAAUCGAUGUUGUGAAUUUCGUGGAUUUAAAUCUGAUACGAGGAAUAAAAACAGAAGCUAGAUUGGCAGCCGGAGUACGGCCUACCACCAUGUCUCUACAGUCCCCUGAGGCACAGAUGGAGUCCAGCUCGCCCCGUCCUAGCCUUGAGUCCAGCGACCCCGCCCCUGAUCCCGCCCCCGAUCCCGCCCCUGUUCACACUCCUGACCUUGACACUGCCCCCGCCCCUGAGAUGACCUCUGACCUUGACACUGCCCCCGCCCCUGAGAUGACCUCUGACCCUGCUGACCCCCCCAGCCUGGCUCCCCCUGCCCCCCCUGCCCCCGUCCCCAACGCCGCCUGCAAGAUCAUGACCUUCCGGCCCACCAUGGAGGAGUUCAGCGACUUCGGCAAAUACAUCGCCUACAUGGAGACGCAAGGGGCGCACCGCGCUGGACUAGCAAAGGUGAUUCCUCCUAAGGAGUGGAAGCCGCGGCGCUCGUACGACACCAUCGAGGAGAUGGUCAUCCCAGCGCCCAUCAUGCAGGUGGUGACUGGCCAGUCCGGCCUCUUCACCCAGUACAACAUUCAGAAGAAGUCCAUGAGCGUCGGAGAGUACCGCAAACUGGCCAACAGCAAGAAGUAUUGCACUCCACAGCACAAAGACUUUGAUGACCUGGAGAGGAAGUACUGGAAAAACUUGACCUUCGUCUCACCCAUAUAUGGAGCCGACAUCAGCGGCUCCCUCUAUGAUCCAGACAUCACGGAGUGGAACAUCGGGCACCUGAACACGUUGCUGGACAUGGUGGAGCAGGAGUGUGGGAUCGUGAUCGAGGGCGUGAACACUCCCUACCUGUACUUCGGGAUGUGGAAGACCACCUUCGCCUGGCACACCGAGGACAUGGACCUCUACAGCAUUAACUACCUGCACUUCGGACAGCCCAAGUCCUGGUAUGCUAUUCCUCCAGAGCACGGGAAGCGUCUGGAGAGACUAGCGCAAGGUUUCUUCCCUGGCAGCUCUCAGGGGUGUGACGCCUUCCUGCGCCACAAGAUGACCCUCAUCUCCCCCUCCAUCCUCAAGAAGUACAGCAUCCCCUUCGACCGGAUCACUCAGGAGGAAGGGGAGUUCAUGGUCACGUUCCCAUACGGUUACCACGCUGGCUUCAACCACGGCUUCAACUGCGCCGAGUCCACCAACUUUGCCACGCUACGCUGGGUCGACUACGGCAAGAUGGCCACACAGUGCACAUGUCGUAAGGACAUGGUGAAGAUCUCGAUGGACGUGUUUGUCCGCUGCCUGCAGCCUGACCGCUACGAGCUGUGGAAGCAGGGGAAGGACACCACCCUGCUGGACCACCAGAAGCCCACCACCCUCAGCUGCCCCGAACUGGAGCACUGGAGGCAGAACAAGGUCACCUACAGGGAGAAGCUCCUCAGGAGAGCGCUGCAGAAGAAGGAGCAGGUGCGUCGGCUGAAGCAGGAGGAGGUGCGGGUGCUGCAGGAGGAGGGCGUGGAGCUGGACCUGGAGGAGUACCAGCGGCAGGUGGAGGCCAAGGAGGCGCAGCGGAGGAAGGAGCGCGACGACCGCAUGGCCAGGGAGGCGCUGCUCACUCUGGAGGCCCUGGAGAGGGAGGAGCAGCAGCAGCAGCAGCAGCAGCAGCAGGCGGAGGGAUCAGACCCACAGCUCCCCCUGCAGGGCGAGGAGGAGAAGGACGAGGACAAGAUGAAGAAAAAGAAGAAGAAGAAGAAGAAGGUCAAGGUCAAGGUCGAGCUCCAAGUCGCGGCACCCUUCAUUAAACCCCCAUCACGAUCACCACUCUUCAUUGUGAAGCAGGAGACCUUUAAUGAUGAAGGGGGCGAUGUGGAGCAGGAAGUUCACAGCGCCGCUCAGCUCUGGCAGGACCACUCGCCCAACCUGCUCGCCGAGCGACGCUUCAAUGCUGCCAUGGCAACCAUUGAGCCACACUGUGCUGUGUGCACACUUUUCUGUCCAUAUAAACAGGAGGCCCUGUCGCUGGACUCUGCGUCCCUGUUGGCGUCCGGCUGCGGCCGGUUCACACGGCCGCUGGUUCCUGAGAUGUGCUUCAGCAGUGGGGGGGACACCAGCGGCCCCGCCCCCGUUCUGCUUGGCGGAACCCAUGACUGUGAACCAACUCUCAUCUCCUGCUCCAGCUGUAGUCUACAGGUCCACGCCAGUUGCUAUGGCGUCCAGUCUGACAUGCAGAAGGAAGGAUGGAUGUGCUCAAGAUGCACAGCAGUGGCCUGGACCGCAGCGUGCUGUUUGUGUAACCUCAGAGGUGGAGCUUUGAAGAUGACAACAGAUAGCCGGUGGGUCCAUGUGAUGUGUGCCAUAUCCGUUCCUGAGGCUCGCUUUGUCAACGCCACUGAAAGAGAGCCCGUCGACGUCACCGCCAUCCCAGACACCAGGAAGAGCCUGAUGUGUGUGUACUGCCACAAGCCCAGCAGGCCGCCGUGUGGUGCAUGCAUCCAGUGUUCUCACGAGAGCUGCUCCACCUCCUUCCACGUCACCUGUGCACACCUGGCCGGGGUCGUCAUGAAGCCAGCCGAUUGGCCCUACGUUGUGUCAGUCACCUGCCAGAAGCACAAACGGACCAAUCAGAAGGUUAAGGUGGGGUCACGGGACCUGUUGCUAGGCCAGCAGGUGAUUGGUCGCUACAGCAACGGUUGGUUUUACCGCUGCAUCAUCAUCGGCAUGGCAACACAGAUUCUCUAUGAGGUCAACUUUGAUGACGGCUCUUACUGUGACAAUGUCUACCCUGAGAAUGUGGUGAGCCAUGACUGCCUACACUCGGGCCCUCCUGAGACGGGUGAGAUUCUGUGUGUUUGCACCGCCGACGGACAGAUGCUGAACGCCUCUUUCAUCAAGGAACACACACACCGAUUCUACCAGGUGGAGUUUCAGGACAUGUCUCAGCUCCUUCUGAAACGCUCCGAGAUCUACACACUAGAGCAGGAGCUGCCCAAGAGGGUCAUGGCACGCCUGGUCCUGUCCGCUGUGAAGCCGGAGUCUCACUCUCAGGACGACGACGAGGCUCAAGCUGCCAAGAGGCCACGCCUCCCAGUCCCGCCUCCCCAGGAACCAGCCCCACUCACGCCAGCAUUAGCUCCGCCUCCCCAGGAACAGGCCCUGCCUUCACCAGCACUAGCCCCGCCUCUUGCCCCAGAUGCUGCAGCAAGUCACGCCCAUAACCAUGGUCCCGCCCCCGGCCCUUACGGGUUUCUCCCCCCCACCUCGCCGCCCCCCCACACCCAGCCCGCCCCCCCCACGCAGGCCACACACACGCACACACACACACACACACACACACCGGUUCCGCAGGAGGCCAGCUACACACCCAGCUCUGGAUACGUGGCCUACAUGGAGGCUCUGCUCAACUCGAACUUUCCCUCCGAGGAGGGGCCGGCCCACGAGGCCCAGGGCGUCAUGUAUUAAACACACACACACACACAGCAUUUACAUUUUAAUAUAUAGAUGCUCACAAAUACAUGCAUUAAUAUAUGUGCACAUAAUGCCUACACACACAUGCCCUAUACAUAACCACACACACACACACACACACACACACACACACACACACACACUCCGAUUUCCUGCUAAUUAUGUUCCCAGGAACAAACUCAGAACUGAACUUGUCUGUCUGCAUGUGUGUUUUGUAUGUAUGUUUGUUUGUAUGUUUGUCCAUAUGAUUUGACUGCUGUUGUCAGCCAUGUUGUCUUGGCUGAGUUCUUCAGCAGGUGGAGAUUUAUCACCUACCUUUCACCUGCCUAGUACCUCUCUCUCUCACUAACUCACUCUCUCUCACACACACACACACACACGCACACACACAGACAGACAGACACACACACACACACACUCUCUC